AUCCGAACCGGGUAGUCGUGCGCAGCUAACACAAAAGAACGGCAAAUUGUACAAAUUGUAAUAAAAUGGGCCCUACGAAUUUAAAUGAUUUAUACAACUCCAUAGAAACUUUACCACAAUGGGUGAACCAAGAGACAAUGCGCUUUGCAUUGCAGACUUCGUUGGAAGAUCACAACACCGUACGUCGGCGAUGGUCCAGCGCAUUAGAAGGUAUUACUGGUAGCAAUAUAGAUGCUGUGAUGCAAGAGUUUAGAUUGAAUGGAUCAGACUCGCCCUACGAACCUGAAGACACAUUAUUUGACCCUUCACUUCACGAUGCAGGGUUACUAGGCCUGGGCCCGCCGAGCAGUUACCUCCGGCAGAAGUCCUGGCCCGCUCCAGAAAGUAGUCCCUGCACUCGUCUUCCUCGAUACGUUCCCAUGCCUGACUACAUCAAUGGAUCUUCUGAUGAAGAGACCCUUCCACCUGAGACGUUGACUGAACAACAGCGUCAAGUACUCAACACCAUUCCCACCGCUGUGCUGUAUCACUUACUCAAGGAUUUGGAGAAGAGCCGAGUGCAAGAAAAGAUAAAGAAAACAGAGAUGGAGUGCCGCUUCUGCAAGAACAACGGCGAGCGCGAGCAGUUCUACCGCACGCACUGGCUGCGCGUGGAGGGGCGCGUCACGUGCCCCGUGCUGCGCGCGCUCGUGUGCCGCCAGUGCGGCGCGCACGGCGACCGCGCGCACACGCUCAAGUACUGCCCGCUCACCAGCCCCGCGCAACGCAAGAAGUCCGCAGCAAUGAUGCAGAGUGUCCGCUUGGCGUCGGGGCGCCGCCGCAACAAGCUGCCAUCUGACGAGAGCGCGGGUGACUACGUUGUGUUCGGUGAAUUCUCGCAAAACCUGCUCAGAGAUGGCGGUUUUUGCAAUCCGUACGAAUCUCCCUUAGACCCGAUGUGGGCAGCACUGGAGAAAAAACUAAUGCGUUAAUGAUUUUCAUGCAUUGUUCCUAAUAAAUUUGAUUACCUUCGUACUAAAACAUAUUCUUGUCAGUGAUAUAAUUAGUAUAAAUUAUACUCUUAUUUUAGUUUAUUGUGUGGCGUAUAGAUGGCGCUAAAUCAAUUGAUCGAGCGAUUUUUCUUUUUUAUUCGUUUUUGUGACUUAUGUAUUAUUUUUGACAUUUUUUAUUAAUAAUACAAUACAAUUUUUUUACAAUUAACGAUUAUAAACGUUACUAUGUGUAUAUUUCAAUGAGAAUAAUACACAAUUAAUUAAUAUAAACUACCAUAUACUGAAUAUUUUCUUACGCGUUAAAUACAUUUCUUUUAUAAUUUCUAGACAUGUUCUAGGGUCCAGAAUAUUAAGCAUUUGAACAAUGCAUUUAUUAAAAUAAAAAUAUUACGAGAAGGUUUACAUUUAUGUAGUAAGUUUCCAUUUAAAUUCCUAUAAAAUAUAUUACAUUUUAACUUCCAAUUUUGUACCAUUGGAUUGAUUAAAAUAAUCAACAAUAAAAUCAAACUUUUCUACACAAUAAUAUAACAAAGGGAAUGUUAAUACAUUAUUCCUUUUUAUAUUUACGGUUCAAUUAUAUACUAUGUACUUAAUAUUAUUUUUUUUGCAAACAUUAUUUACUAUGAAAAAUAUUUUGUUAAUUUUGUUGAUUUUACACGAGACUGUGUCUUUUUAUUUUGUUGAAAAUCGUUUAAACAAAUGACAUUGUACUUGGUGAUGGUGUUUUGGGUCAUUAAAUAUUUAGUUAAUAUUU